AUGAGAUACGUUGUGGCGGCGCGGAGGAGCACCGACUUGACGGAUGAGCACGCCAUGGAAAGCUCGCAAGGCCCUCCGGACCGGGCAUUGCGCUCACGGCGUCACCCUCUCUGUAAAUUCAUCCCCACCUACCAGUUUGUAUUGCUAUUCACCAUCGUCAUCGUCGUCGUCGUCUCCCUACUCUCGCAUGGUCUGCCUUCGGCGGAAGCGGCACACGCCAGCUCCAGCAGCGGGGGGAGCAGCAGCGGCAGUGGGGGCGCGUCGAACGAAGUCCGGAUACCCUACAACCCGAGCGUAUUCGCCACCGUGUUUGCCGAAAUUCCCCAAGUCAAAGUCGUUAGCGAAAGCAGAGAAUCGUCAUCCACGGACGACUACGAGGUCGUCGACGGGGAUUCCCCCGGUUUCUGGACCUACCUACUCCGGCCGGGCUUUGCGCUACAGAGCGAAUCUCAAUUGAAAGAGCCACCGACGAACGUCACCGACGAUGAGGUUCCCGCUCACCAGAAAGGAAAAUGCAAAGACGGACUCAUUCUUCCGGCGUGGCGACCGCUGGAGCCUCUUUCGACGGGAGAUCGUUGGGCUAGAGGAAUAAUAUACUUUCUAGGACUCGCAUAUUUCUUCGUGGGCAUUUCCAUAGUUGCCGAUCGUUUCAUGGCGGCCAUCGAAGUCAUCACUUCGCUAGAGAAACAGGUCACUAUAACAACACCGGAUGGCGAGAAGCAAGUUAUCGCCGUCCGCGUCUGGAAUGAAACGGUUUCGAACCUGACGUUGAUGGCACUCGGUUCUUCGGCUCCAGAAAUCUUGCUGUCUGUGAUCGAGAUCUACGCGGAGAACUUCGAGGCGGGAGAUCUUGGACCGGGAACGAUCGUCGGCUCCGCUGCCUUUAAUCUGUUCGUCAUCAUUGCCAUUUGUGUUUGGUCGGUGCCGUCGAAUGAAGUGAGACGAAUCAAGCACUUGCGAGUGUUCGCCGUCACAAUGACAUGGUCGGUUUUCGCCUAUAUAUGGCUGUACGCCAUUCUGACGUGGAGUUCGUCGGGAGUCAUCGAAGUCUGGGAGGGCAUUCUCACGUUCCUUUUCUUCCCCAUCACCGUCGGUACCGCCUAUGCGGCCGAUCGAGGCCUCUUGUUGGGCAAGUUCCUUCAAGGCAGGCAGUACCGUUUGAAUAAGCGAGGAGUUAUCGUUGGCGGGGAAGGAGGCGACGAAGAGUCGAAGUCGGUUUCGAGCAGCCGGAAGGGCUCCCUCGAAAUUCCGGCCAUCACAAUUAUUCAACCCACGUCUAAUGGCGAUGUGCCUUCGGGCGAUGAACGAGAACACGAAGAAGAGAAUUCCGAAGCCGUCGCCUUUGAGAAGCAUCGCAAAAACUACAUCGACAUCCUCCGAAAUCUGCGGCGGAAGUAUCCGGACGCCCUCAUGGAGGAACUCGAAGCGAUGGCUCGUGAAGAGAUACUCAAUCAAGGCCCGAAGUCGCGCGCCUAUUACAGAAUUCAAGCGACGAGGAAGCUAAUGGGAGCUGGCCAAUUGAUGCGCAGGAGGCCUUCGAGGAUGGUCCUUGAGGAGAUUCGAGAUAGGAGGACGAGAGCAUUCUCCAAGGAUGAACUCGAGCUCGGAAUCCCGCGACCAACCGAUGAGCCUCCCACCGUCAAAUUAUAUUUCGAUCCCGGCCACAUCACUUGUAUGGAGUCUUGCGGAGAGCUCCAGGCCGUAGUCGUGCGAGAGGCACAAAAUGUGGACAAUACUGUUUGCGUAGACUACAAAACCGAGGACGGAACGGCGGUCGCGGGGCCCGACUACGAACACGUCGAGGGAACAUUGAUAUUCCGUCCCGGGGAACGAGAGAAGACUAUCGCCAUCAAAAUUAUCGAUGACGAAGUUUUCGAGGAAGACGAACAUUUCUACAUCAAAUUGUCGAACCCACGCUACAGCCAGGAGCCUCACGAGGACGAUCCACCAGUUGUUCUUGAUACCCCAUCUAUUUGCACUGUUAUGAUUCUCGAUGAUGAUCACUGUGGAUGCUUCCAAUUGGCUGAGACCGAAGUUACGCUCAGUGAAGCCACGGGCGAAUACAGAGUCACGAUCAACAGAAGUUCCGGCGCUCGUGGACGCGUCGUUCUGCCUUAUAAGACGAUCGCCGACACGGCAAAAGCCGACGAGCAGUAUGAGCACGUCGAAGGAACUGUCAUAUUCGAGAACAACGAGAUAACGAAAACGGUUCCAAUAACGAUCUACGACGAAGAACGCUACGAGAAGAAUUUGAGCUUUGUCUUCCAGCUCGGAGAUCCCAAAACUGAACAACAACUGCUCGAGGGGGAUAGCCCGAUUCCUGAAGACGAGCUCACUAAGGCUCAAAGGAUUGCUCUGCAAGGUCUACCGAAGUUGGGUGAAGCUACCAAGUGCAUCAUUCACAUCCGAGAGAGCAAAGAAUUCAAAAGCACCGUGGACAAGCUCUUCCAGAAAACGCAGUCGUCGAUUCUGAUAGGUUCGUCAUCGUGGAAAGAUCAAUUCAUCGAAGCAUUCAAGGUUACUGCGGAGGAAGAGGGCGGAGACGAGGAAGAAGGUGAUGAAGAGGAGAUUGGCAGUCUCGUGGGUAGUGGAACCGGAAAGUCAUCCGUCCAUUCGAAAGAUUCGCUUGCCAACCUGCCAACCUGCUCAGACUACGUGUUUCAUUUCAUCACCGUGUUCUGGAAAUUCGUCUUCGCGUUCGUUCCUCCCACCGACUAUUUCGGUGGCUGGGCCUGUUUCUCGGUAUCUAUCCUGAUGAUUGGAGUACUGACGGCGUUCGUAGGAGAUUUAGCGUCUCACUUCGGUUGCACGAUAGGAUUAGCAGAUUCUGUGACCGCCAUUACCUUCGUAGCUUUAGGAACGUCGAUUCCAGACACUUUCGCGUCGAAGGUCGCUGCAAUUAACGACAAAUACGCCGAUUCAUCGAUCGGUAACGUCACUGGUUCAAACGCGGUGAACGUGUUCCUCGGCAUCGGGAUCGCGUGGUCGCUUGCGGCCCUCGUGCAUUGGAAGAACGGCACGACCUUUCGCGUCAGCCCAGGAAACUUGGCCUAUUCUCUGACUUUGUUCUGUAUCUGCGCUGGAAUCGCCUGCGUCGUUCUGCUGCUGCGACGACGGCCCGCCGUAGGAGGGGAACUGGGCGGCCCCAUGAAGUAUAAAUUGCCUACUACGGUGCUCUUGGCGAGUCUGUGGGGAUUUUACGUCCUCAUGAGUACCCUUGAGGCUUACGGUAUUGUCAAAGGAUUCUAA